AAAAUAUGAAACUGCAAUGAAAAGCAAACAAAAGGCAUUGUAUUAAAUAAUUGUGAAUUUAAUUUAAUUGAUACUUAAAAUGGCAAUUAACUCAGUUAAAGAUUUUGGAAAAGCCUGGUGGUCUGAGGUGUACAAUCGAAUAAUAGGAGCGGCCGUGUUCCUGGACGACUACAGUUCAGAAUGUUUACAUUGGGACGGAGGAUUGUUGAAUCUCAUAUACGGGGGAGCCGUCUCUGUGAAGAGCUUAUCGCCUUUUGAGUUUGCAACAAAAGACCAAAAGAAAGCCGUCUUCAUCACACAAUCCGCCAGCACACAGCUCCGCACAGUCCGUGAGAUCAUCAAGCACAGUGACUUUGCUCACUGCAUGCUGAUAUGCACUGUCAGCCUGGACGUGAUUUAUUUGGAGCUAAAUGACGGGAAGGAUGUGAGCGAUGUGGUGGCGGCGGGCAAGGCUCCCACAGAGGCCACUAAGCAGUUGGAGGGAAUGCUAUUGGAAUGGAUUGGUAAAAAACAAUGUGCGGUUGAAGUGGUCCAUCUCCCACUAUUCACAAUAUCACCAACGAAUGUAGUGUUCCUCACACCACCAUACCACAAAGUGUAUCCAGCGUACGAUGGUAAACUCACAACAGAGUCAACAUCUAUAGACCUGUACACGCUGAGCAAAGAGGAGAGGGCUCAAGUGCGGAGGCUGGCUAGUGGUUUGAACAGUAUUAUGGAGUCCAUGAAUUUGAAAGAGGAUGUGUAUUACAUGGGAACUUUCAGCUCAUUGAUAGCUGGGGUGCUGGAAAAUUCGCCUGUUUGUUUGGCUCGGAGAAAGAAUUGUACAAGUCCCGCGUCCCUAAUCGUCAUCGAUCGUACCCUGGACGUGUGCGGUGUGACCAGCCAUUCAAUGGAAUCUGUUCUUGACAAGAUUAUGACAGUGUUGCCAAGGUUUCCGGGACACAGCAACGAUGUCGCGGUGGAUAUGUCACCGUUGUGUGAGGCUAAUGUUAUCUCGCAUCCGGAAGACCUGCAACUCGCCCCCGGCUGCCUAUACCACGCCAACGACGACUCCUGCACUUCCACCUUCGACCACAUGAUCAACAAGAGCCAGAAGGAGGUCAUGUUCGACCUCUACAACAAGCUGUCCAAGAUAGAUGUGCAAAGGUCGCCCAGCCCCAAGACGCUCCUCAAGGUCACGCCGCAGAGCAUUGAGAAGAUCGUCGCGGCCGCUAAAGGCAACUACGACAUAAUAGAAAAGCACAUCGGCGUGCUGCAACAAGCGCUAGGCGUGGUCCACACGCUGAAGUCCCCCAAGCGUUCACAGGUGGAACUCCUGCAGAAUUUAGAACGGCAGGUGCUGCAGAGCCUGGCCGCUAGUCGUGACUCCACUAGCGUGCUACACCAGAUCAGCCAUCUAAUAAAGACCAGAAAAGACCGCAACCUCCCCCUAGAAAGCCUCCUCGCCCUCAUAGUCCACGUGUAUUCCCUCACCGGCACCGAAGUGUCCUUCUCAAAACAGCACGAAGACAGCCUCACAGAGACGUUAAGCGUGGCCAUAUUCGAGGACCACAAGACCCUGUUCGCUGACCAUGGACUGAGGGGCAGCCCGGAGCACUGUGAUGACGUAUCCAAGUCCAUCAUGGGGAGGCUGAAGGAGAUUGCGACGAUGAGGAAGAAUUUGCAGAAGUACAACUCUGUUCUAAAGCCGUGCGAAACAGGUGGGGGACACGAGUACCGUGGCGCGUUACAACAGCUGGUAGAAGACCUGGUAGACACGGAGCGACCGGAACUAACGGAUCUGCGAUACAGGAACGAGGGGCUUAAGGAUUUGCUGCGGAGCGGACUCAACAUUCUAACGAGCAAGAAAACUCGCAGCACCAAGCACCCGCUCGACAGCCCCACCGUGAUCAUCUUCGUCGUUGGCGGCAUUACGGCCGAGGAGUGCAAGCGUAUCCACAGGACCGUGAUCACGAGCGGCGUCGACACCGCCGUAUUUAUCGGUUCCACAAAAUUCGUCACUCCAGUGGAAGCCAUGAGAGACGUCCUCGCCUUAUAGCAGUACUCACCCCUGAUGGCGCGCAAGAUAAGCACCACCAGCGCCGUCAAAGACACAUGCCGAAAGAUGGUGUAUUAAGUUUGGUAAGUUGUCGAUAGAUGGCGUUAUAAUUAGAUGUUUAAUUUAGCCGUGUUCAUCGUUAACCGAAAUUCGUCACUCCAGUGGAAACCAUGACAAACGUCCUCGCCAGAUAAGCACCACCAGCGCCGUUAACGACUUACCGAACUUACAACUUACCGAAAGAUGGUGUAGAUGCCGUAGGUUCAAAGAGCGGAGUUUUUGAAUAAUCGUACCGCUUUUUUUAGAUUGUAAUAUGGUUGCAAAAUUUUUUAUUAGCAAUCUUGAGGAUUUUCUCUAGUGACUUCAGCGAUUCGAAUCCUGAUGUUUUGACUUUCGCGCGAUAUGAAAAAAACACUAACAUAGGUCUAAAACGCACUUUAAAAAUUUGUAACAAUUUAUGCACAAAACUAAAAAUAUGAAAAUUGCUUCUAAAAUGUGCGAUUUUAUUUAAGAAUAAAAAAGAAGAAGACAACAUUUAUUGCCACACAACAAAAGAUAAAUUACAGGGUUAUAUUUACAAAUAACAUAAAAAAUUGGCAUGCGCGACAAAAGGAGCGGGCUCUGCAUAUGCUAUUUGUGAGCAUUCUUACUUUUUGUUAGGAAAAUCGGGUAUAAUUUACCUAGCAUGAUUAGCAUAUGUUGUAUCUUACAUUAUAAUAUAUAACUGGGUACCUGUACCUAGCUAAGCUUUUAUGACCCUUACCGUUUAAAUGUCGUUGUCAUAGGCUUCAUUUCUCUGUUGCUUGCUAGAUAAUGUGUAUUUUGGCUGUUAUUUUUAAGCUAGAUGUAUUUGGUUACUCCAAAAGUAACGUUAUGCAAUGUUAAUCUAUGUAAUACUGUGAAUAUUUAUAAUACAUUUUAAAUAAUUUAAUUAAUUGUAAGUGCAAUGCAAUAACAAUGCAGGUAUAAACUGUUAAUAUGUUAUUAAUAUUAUUUAACCCUUA